UUACCCGACGAGGCAACCCCUUGGCAACCCGUCGCCGGAGUAGUGCGCUUCGCCGGGGCAGGCCGCGAGAUACCGGAGUGUCGUCGACGUAGCAACGCCAAGUGGGAUUCCUCCGCGGCCGCAGCCGAGCCGCGUCAUGGACUACUCGUAUCUGAACCAGGCCGCGGCGGCGGCUGCCGCCGGUUUCGAAGCGUCCAGCUGCGCCUUGGCCGCCGGCGAGAUGCAGUGCAGCUACGGCGACCUGAGCUCCUGCUCGCAGAUGAGCCAAGCGGCAUACCGCUACACCGCGGCACGAGCCGCCGGUUAUCCCAGCAACGCCGCCGCUGCCGCGGCCGGUGCCGCCGCUGCUGCCGCUGCCGGCGGCACGCCGCUCGCGGCCCAUCACACCGCACACCCCCACGCUCACGCGCACCAUGGGGCCCACUCGACCCCGUGCUCCGUCAUGGCCGCCAGGUCCCAGGAAGUCCACCGGCACGCCGCCUCCAUCUUCCCCUCGGCCAUUAAUCUCCAGAGCGGUUUGGGAUACAAGGCUUACUCGGGGCACGACGGUCUCGCGGAGAAGAGGAAACAACGUCGGAUACGAACGACAUUCACGUCGGCCCAGCUGAAAGAGCUGGAACGCGCGUUUCAGGAGACACACUACCCGGACAUCUACACCAGAGAGGAGAUCGCUAUGAAGAUUGACCUGACGGAGGCUAGAGUGCAGGUGUGGUUUCAGAACCGGCGCGCCAAGUUUCGCAAGCAGGAGAGGCUAGCCCAGCAGAAGUCCACGUCGCAGGCCGGCAUCGGCGCCGACAGCGGCGCGUCCAGUCCGGUCGCCGGCACGGUGAAGGCGGAGGGCCGCUCGCCGAGGAGUCCGGCGACUCCGCCCGGCAGCUCGAACAGCGUGCUGUCGUCGAACGAGAUCAAGCCGAUCACCAACCAGAGCCUGGUGAACGUGAAGCACAGCAACGCGGACGGUGCCGGCGACGGUAGCUCGCCGAAUACGCGGGGUGUCAGCACCGGCGGCGGCGGCACCUGGGGCUCCUGCAGUCCCAGACCCUUCUCAGCAGCUUUGCCGCCUUACCUGCUGGACCCCUUGCCGCUGAAAACCGCGAACCUCUACUAAGCGGCCCGUCGUGUCGCGUCGGGCGCUGUAAAUACAUAAAGUCGGAAAGCUCGCACCCGCGGAAGCUCGCAGCGGCCCACUUCCGGUCCCGUUCUCUGCCGCGCGCAGAGAAAGAGAGAGAGAGAGAGAGAAAGAGAGAAAGGGGGAGGGAGAGGCGCAGCGUCCUCGAGGAGCCGAGGUUGUCCGAAGGAUCUUCUUCCCGGUAAGGGCGCGCCGUUGAUAUUUUUUCCUACAGACAGACAAAGACAGGCAGAGACGCUCGGCCACGGCGGCGGCUCGCCUCGAAAGGCAGCGUCUAUCGUCGAGACAGACGCGCUUCUCCGAGGCUCCUGAAUGAGCGAGGCGAAGCGUCGCUUCGAUAUGAUCAGCGAAACGCACCAUCGGCUCGCUAAGAUCCGAGGGUCGAGAUGAAUGUCGUGCGACAUGAAUUUCCCGUCGUGCGACGCUGCUUCCUCUGCUCGUCGCUGGGACUUUCAAGUUCGCCGGCUUCCCGACGUCGAGCUGCGGGCGACGAGCCUCGAGCGACGAGAUCAGCUCCCCGUUUCGCUCCGCUGUGAUACGUCCGCGUCGCGAGUCGACGGAGGAUCGUAGAGAGGCUUGUUCUUCUCGGCCGAACUGAAGUCACUUUCGGCGCUUCGUUCCUUUUCCCCGCUCAACGUUAGCUCACACUCGUCUCACUGCAACGGCAACAAGCCAGCGAGCCGGUUCGGCUGAGAGGAACAGCCCUAGGCGUUUCUUCCGGCGCAAUCUUCGCUCGACGUCGCAAUUUUCACUCACGCGUUCGCGUGGCCGAAAAACUGGCUGGCGGCGUAGAACCUGGGAAGCGGCGGCCGCUCGUCCAGCUCGUCGAAACCGAGAUUCCCAGUCCACGAUGAUUGAGAGCGAUGUGCGAACGGAUCUAAGCCAGGACGGAUUGAAAGUCCGAUUGAUAUCGAGGAUAAUGGAGUCGCACAGAGCGUUUACCUCAAACGAGAGCUUCAACGCUGCCGGCGGAAGACAGGAAGCGAAAUAGCGCGCGCGCGUCCAAUCGCGAACGUGUAGACACGCAUAAUUUCGCGCCUCGGCUCGACGCGAGAGGUAAUCGCGAUCCCCGUCGAGGAAAUUGCACUACACCCGAAGUCGUUAUCAAAGAAUCCAGCCACGACACGUUCGCCGUGUUAUAUAUCAGGGGGAGCAUUUUUAGGAGAGCCAGCCGCGGUUCUACAUCAUUUAGUUCGUCAGGAAUAAUGAAUCGUGCGUCGUGAAUCAUGAAUCGCCCUCACUGGCGAUUUAAACGAGACGGCAACUCAGAAUGGAAGAGCUGCUCCGCGUUCGAUAUUUAACGGAACGAUUGUAACCGUUAAUUCAACCGCACGGCCGGCGAUUCUAAAGUGCUCUAAAUAUUGCACCACGUCGUCUUUAUUCAUUUACCGCCGUUGUAAUUAUACCCACGAAGCGAGAUGAGUUUUACGCUCGAGGAGAUGAGAGAGGGAGAGGGAGAGGGGUAGAGAGACAGAGAGAAGAAGAGAAAGAGAG